AUGAGGUCCUCAUCGACUUCUUUUGCAUCAAAGAGGUGUCGAGCUCCACAAGAGAAGGUCAUUCUCCGGGUCACAAACCUAGAGGAUGGAGGGAUGGAUAUCUACAGAAUGGGUACUCAUGUGCAUCUGAAGAAACUAAUGCUUGCUUACUGCGAAAGGAGAAACUUACACUACAGGGCUAUUAGGUUCAUCUUUAACGGUAGCAUCCUUAGGCCAAGCCAGACUCCUGCUCAGCUCCUGAUGGAAAAUGAAGAUACCAUCGUCACGUCUUUGGAACAAGCAAGCAGUGCCGGUUCUAACGAUGCCGCUUGA